CGACUCAGCACAUAAGUAUUCGAGUUCACAGUACCUUCUGAGGUAGUUGAAAGAGAAGGAAUAGGAAACGAUACGAAGCGCACAAAUCACAGAUCAAUUCAUCAUGGCACCACAAGACUACAGCUGCGAGUUCUUCAACGUAACGCAACCCAUCGAAAAUGUCGCAGUCGUCGAAAUCGACCGGCCCAAAAAGCUCAACUCCUUCACCAGCCAAAUGUUCACAGACCUAGGCAACAUCUUCAAGAAACUCUCUCACGAUCCAGACGUCCGAGCUAUUGUUCUUACAGCCGUGGGAGACCGAGCCUUCACAGCUGGAUUAGACGUCACAGCCGCCGCCGAUGGACCUCUCAUCAAAGGCUCAGGAGCUGGAGAAGAACGAGAUACUGCCCGGAAAGCAUGGGACCUCCGUCGGCAUAUCAAGGAAAUCCAAGAACCUGUCAGCGAGAUCGAAAAGUGUGAGAAGCCUGUUAUUUGUGUCAUGCAUGGCAUUUCCUAUGGCGCCGCUAUUGAUAUUAGCACAUGUUGCGACGUAAGAAUAUGUUCGAACGAUACAACGUUCUCUGUGAGAGAGGUUGCGAUCGGUCUUGCUGCAGAUGUUGGCACUCUGACUCGAUUACCUCAUACCCUGGUGCCGAUGAGCUGGAUUAAGGAUAUUUGUUUGACUGCAAGAGAUUUCAGCGCCGAGGAGGCGUUGAGGAUGGGAUUUGUCAGUGGAGUGUAUGACAACAAGAAGGCCGCAUUGGACAGAGGAUUAGAGCUGGCGAAAUUGAUUGCUGAGAAGAGCCCAAUUGCUGUGCAAGGGACCAAGGCUGUGAUCAACUACUCGAGAGAUCAUUCUGUUGAAGAUGGUCUCGACUACAUUGCUGUUUGGAACGCCGCCAUGCUUCAGACAAAGGAUGUCAGCGACGCUCUCCUGGCUGGUUUGGGGAAAAACAAAAGGAAGCCCGUGUUCGCAAAACUAUGAGGUAUCUAAUAAGAGAUCUGGAAGGAAUGGACAUUUUAUAUCAUAAUUCCGGCCGUGCAGCUUGAAAGUUGAGCAAAACCAUGCAGUUGCAGUGUGCUCCUGCCCAAGACCAUGCGUUGUAUUCUCGCCACAUCAAGGGUUUCCCGAGGCAUGUAGCUCUACUGCUGGAAAGCUCAGAAGCCAG